UGCCACUCUAAACCUAGCCAAUUACAUACAUACAUACAUACAUUUUAUAUUAUAAAUCUUCAAAAGGAAGGGUACGUUUAUUUCUCUCUAGCGUGGAGCCCUGAAGCUUCCUGUCGAGCUGGGUUUCUGGAGAUUCAGGAAUUUUAAAACCCUAACCUGUUUCGGCUUCAUCUCGCUUAAAUCAAGAUGGCUCGUACGAAGCAAACCGCUCGCAAAUCUACGGGAGGAAAGGCUCCUAGGAAGCAACUUGCCACCAAGGCUGCAAGGAAGUCUGCUCCCACCACAGGUGGAGUGAAGAAGCCCCAUAGAUACCGCCCAGGAACUGUUGCACUUCGUGAGAUUCGGAAGUAUCAGAAAAGCACUGAACUCUUGAUUAGGAAGCUUCCCUUUCAACGUCUUGUUCGUGAAAUCGCCCAAGACUUUAAGACUGAUUUGAGGUUCCAGAGCCACGCUGUUCUUGCUCUUCAGGAAGCUGCAGAGGCCUAUCUUGUUGGAUUAUUUGAGGAUACUAAUCUCUGUGCUAUUCAUGCUAAGCGGGUGACCAUUAUGCCCAAGGACAUCCAGCUUGCUAGACGUAUUCGUGGUGAAAGGGCUUAGUCAUUUUCUGUGUCCGUUCAUGAUCAUGUGCUGCACUAUUAACUUGUGUCAUUUCCAUGUGGAAUUGUGAACUUCUUUAUAAUCUUUGUCUUCACGAAGCUAUGGCAAUUACAGAAGUGUAAUAUUGACUAUUAUAUUUUACACCAACUGUUUUAUUAUAAUUCCAGUGUGCACUAUUUAUUCUUC